GAACGACCGUCAAGACCACCGGUGGGCAUAGACGCGGAAUCCCCCAGUGUAGGGACUUUGUUCGACUCGCCUCUACGCACUACGCGAGUGUUCGAUACGCCUUUCGCCUUGUCAUCGCACAAAGCAACCACGCAUCGGCACACAAGCACGCAUAAGAACGCCUACGAGGAGAUAAAUCCGACUGAGAGUGAUGUCAACUCGCUGGACAUCAAGGGUGUCACGCUCGACAUGGACAAGGAGGCAGACGAUGACACGGAAGACGAAGAAGCAGCCGAUAAUGUCACCACCUUCAUCUCACUAGCUCCGGGAUCAACAGAUAGCCGUGCCAGCUCGCACAGCACACACGCAUAUAAUAACCACGCCAACAGUGAAUUCAAAGGCAAACUGACCUUCAAGAGAAUAGGCGACUCCGGUAGGAAAUAUACACAAGAUUCAGAGUCUAAGGUCGACGCAAAUCCUAGUGCAGGCAAUAGCGCUGACCCAGCCAGGCCAUUCGCGUUUGCAGUUCCCCUACCAAAGAACGCUAUCACCCACGACACAAGCAAUUCCACACAAAUACCAGAGGCUCGAAAUAGAACACAUGGAUCUAAUAUCCCAGAAGACGUGCACACAGAGGAUACAUACACAGACAAGCUGCGCACAUCCAGUAACGACACCGGCAUACAAGAAACAAUACUCAAAACACACGCAGAGACAAAUUCCCAUGUACAGCUGUAUGAUAGCGAUAGGGGUGGGUUGGAUUCUGAGGAUUCAGUGGGUUGCUCACCCACUCGCACAAUCAAAAUGAUGCCAACUCCACAGAAAACAGAUUCAGCCCUAAUAUCAGGCCCUGACAUACAGGAGCCAGUGCGCGAUGCUGCAGAUAUGGAUGUAUCUUUAGACAAGGAGAACGAUGUCAACAGCCCAAAUACACGCUACACUGAACAAGCACGCGCACACGUGCACACAGCCACAAAGGCACUUCUGGAUACUUUUAGACAAGCAACGUUAGGCGCCACUGGUAGUUUAAAGAGUGUGUCUGAGGGACUAGCAAGCGGACAGCGCACAGAUACACUUAGUAUCGUGGCAAGGGCGGAAAUUGGUGAAGGGAUCGCCAUAGAUGGUAGUUCAGGCGUUGACGCUUAUCGGCAAGAUGUGUAUUCAAAUAACAAGGGGACAAAGGCCGACGCAGACCCGAAUAUAGGUGCGUACAGCAAUGCAGACAGAAGCCCAGAUGCGAAAGAAAAAGGGGCUUACGCAGCUGAAGACAUACUUAAGCACACGGCCGAUGAGAUUCCUAUGCACACAGCUGAGGAGACUAAUGCAGACAGUGAAGAGAGUACGGACGAACUGGAAACACCCGCAUUUAUCAGGAACAAUCCACGACUCAGUAGGUACGGCGGAAGGCAAAGUGUGGGACCAGUAGACAUAGCAGGUGCGCAUUCACGCGAUGAGACUCAGCCGAAAAGCCAAACACAAAUACACACAAAGACGCACGCCAGUACACUGCCAACUAGCGUUGGGCUUGCGCAAUUACACUCGGCUGCGAAGACCCAUACGCACUCACAACACGUUGCCACAAAUUUGAUGAGAGGGCAUGCGGAUGGCAUGGUGUCUACAACUACAAAGGUCAACGUGAUUGCGACGGAUACGCUGGGCGUGGGUGGCAGUUCAGCUGCCACAGGUGCGUCUACCUGUUUGCCAGGUGUCAAUAUAUAG